CGAUGUAUGUCACUCAACAAUCGCGUCAUCCUGGCCGAUGAGGGAUUUUUGGUGCGCCGAGGACUGCAUCUACCUAAGAAGGGUCACGAGGAAUGCGAGGUGGAUAGGCUUCGUGGGACACUUGCGUCUGAAGUACCCUUCUGGGUUUACCUUUGGAGCCAUAUAUAAGGAUGCCAUGAGACACCCGUUCCGAGCCCAUCAUGUCCAUUGACAGUUUGAGCGACUUUAUCGUUGACUUUCCACGGAGUAUAAUGGACCAAAUAGAAUCCUAUCAAAACUCUCAGAUUUUUGUAACGGACGACGGUCUUCCAUCUGUAACCAACCUUUCUACCUCCUUGUAUGAAAGAGAAAUUGUAUCAGUCGCAAGCAGGGACUUUCAACACUCGCAGCAUACCACAGACCAGCAACGAAGACUUUCUGGAGGGUUCUACCAAGAUGCCCUCCCCUCCCCUAGAACGUUUCCAGGCCCUGUUACUCCGACGGCAAAAAUAAACGACCGAACGCCUCUCUUACGCCCAGCGGGAUUUUCGCCUGACAUCGACCACCAAGUUCCGCUUCCAAGAUACUUUCUUUCUGGAUCCUAUGACACACCUACCGUGUCGUCUGAUGCGUCGAUCGCAUCUCUCGAUCUCGGAGGGAAAAGCAGUUUUGGGCAAACCCUAUUUAAUUCCAUCGCAGUCUUGCUGGGAGUAGGAAUGCUAGCCCAGCCUCUGGCGUUUGCUUAUGCAGGAUGGGUGGCGGGAACCAUUCUCCUUGUUUCAUUCGGUUUCAUAAGUUGCUACACUGCCAAAAUUCUGGCCCGCAUCAUUCGCUCUGAGCCCCAUUUGAAGCUCUACACGGACAUCGGACGAAGAGCGUUUGGUACACGUUCGACACUGGUUAUUAGCAUCGCAUUCUUCCUUGAACUUUUUUUGUUAAGUGUGCUGUUGGUAACGCUUUACGCGGAUUCCUUGGAGUCAUUGAUUCCGGCGUAUUCUUCCGUUACCUACAAACUCUUGGCUCUAGUGAUAUUAAUACCCACUCUGUUCUUUCCGCUAUCCGCCCUUUCGUAUACAUCAAUACUGGGCAUUGUUUCAUUACUUUUGAUCCUUGUGGUUGUAUUCAUCGAUGGUGUUUCGAAGUCUGAUGCACCUGGAAGCCUGUGGUCGCCGGCUGAGACGUUCCCAGGUAUCGAUGGCUGGAGUCAUCUCGGAAAAGCAUUUGGGUUAUUCAUGGCAGGGUUUGCAGGACACGGGGUCCUACCCUCUCUCGUGCACGACAUGGAGGACCCUUCUCAAUUUGAUACCAUGGCGAACUGGGCAUUUUUCUUUUCGACCUUCAUUUACUUAUUGAUUGGUGGCGCCGGAUAUCUCAUGUUUGGAACGUCCGUCAGCGAGGAGGUCAGUAGAGAUCUUCUCUUGACUUCCGGCUAUAAUGCCGUAUUAAACAAGAUUUGCCUGUGGAUGCUUGUGGUUAGCCCGCUAUCUAAAUUCGCCUUGGUCGUACAGCCCCUCAACGCGACAAUUGAAAAGUUGUUCAAAUCACAAAACAAACCAACAUGUCAGAAUCUACACCAGCGACUUUUGGACAUCGCCCAACGUCUAUCGAUUACUCUCCUGACUGUUGCCGUCUCCAUCAUAGUGCCUGACUUUGGACGGGUCACUGAAUUGAUGGGAUCCUUCUCUGCCUUCUUAAUUGUUGUGAUAUGCCCCAUUGGCGCAAAAAUGGCCAUUACACGCACAUGUGGCUUCUUUGAUAUUUUCGUACUAGGCGUGUCGGUUCUGAUGGGAACAUGGGGGACAAUCACUGCAUUUCUGUGAUAUCUACCUACUCAUUGCGUGCAUUUUGGCCCGAGAUUCUACUAGUUUGUGUUAAAAGUCCAUUUCCGUUCC